GAGAUUUGAGUUCUCCGGCGACGUAGAGAGAGAGAGACAGAGCGAGAUUUGAGUUCUCCGGCGAGGUAACGCUGUUGUCAAUCUCAGACGGAGAAGCAAACGGAAACUGUGUCGAAUUCCUUAUAAGACAAAAAAUUGUAAGUCAUGUCGUCGGCAGAAGACGAAAAGGCGAUGCCGACGAUCUCCACGGCGGCGAUGGUGAAGCAGAAGGGCUGUAUUCCGAUGGCUCCCCGUCUCUUAUCUCCCACCCACAACUCUUUUCCACUGGGUUCGAACGACGAUGAACUCGAGCGUGCGCAGGCCCGCGCGGCCCGCAUUGCCUCUAUUCGCCGCAAACCCGCCGCCAACAUCGACCCCGCCUGCUCUCCUUCUCGUCCCAACCUUCUCAACCACGAGCAGAUCAUGGAUCUGCUCAAUAAUUGCCUCAAGCUCGCCAGCGAAAAUAAGAUUAAUCAGAAGAACACAUGGGAGCUGAACCUGAUAGACCAUCUUAGCGAGAUCAUCCAAAAUAAACCUGAAGUGGACGACGCGGAAACUAAUUUCCAGAAGUUGUUUUGGUCCAAGGCAAGCUGCACUUUGGAAGCCGGAGUGAAGAUAUACUCGUUGAGAGUUGAUUCAUUGCAUUCUGAAGCUUAUAAGGUCCUUGGAGGGAUCAAUAGAGUUGGCCGGGAAGAUGGGAAUGAGAAUUUAGCAGAACGAAACCAUGUUCACGAUAGGACGGAACAAGAAGAAGGCGUUUCCAGGAAAGAAGUUCAGCGAAAGUUGUCUCCAUUAUCGACACUGGAAACCUCCUUUGAGGCGCUAAACAUUAAGAAGUUUGAUGUGGCUUUCACUGUGGAUCCUCUUUACCAUCAAACCUCUGCCCAGUUCGAUGAAGGUGGUGCUAAGGGUCUCUUACUAAACAACCUUGGUAUAUAUGGCAGCUGCCGUGUUCUGUUUGAUUCUCUCGAAGUUCCUGAGAAGUGUAUCUUGAAUGACACAGAGAGUGACCAGUCUGGUGUGAUUGACUUGUCAUUUGCUAAAGAUUAUCUUGAUCUGAUGGUGAUUAACAUGCCUAAAAAGGCCGACAUUUCACCAACUUUGAGGGACAUUAUGGAUCUUGUUGGUGAAAAUAACCAUAAGCUACGCAAUGAAUUCUCUGUUGAGAAACAUUCUACCGGCCACGGCGAGACAGAUGAUAUCGACCACCCCAAUUUGGAGGACAAUUUUUUUCCUGAUGUUUCUGAUCAUGAAGGCGAUAUAAGCACAGUAGUUGAUGAUAAUUCAAGAAUUGUAGAUCCAGAUUUUUCUAGUCACAAAGAGGACGUUGGAGAUUACUCGUUUCAGGAUAUAGACAGUAAUGUCAGUGUUGACGAGAUUGCUGAUUUCUUGUCUUAUGGCUUAGGCUUCACUUCUAAAGCAAAUGCUUGGGCCGGUCCUGACUAUUGGAAAUUUAAGAAAUCCAAAGGUUCUGAACAGGCUUUACAUAAUGUUGAAAAUCAAGAAGCAACAAUUAAAAAACCUAAAAUAAAAAAAAUAGUUUCCGAUAUUGAUUUCUCAAAAUCAAUUGAUUUGGAGUUUCCUACUAUCUUCGACCCACCCAAAUAUCCAAAGUCUUUGCUCUUACCAAACAAAAGAGCUUCUUGUAACAUCAGGCUCCCGGAAGACUGUCAUUACAAGCCUGAAAGUCUUACAAAACUGUUUCUUCUUCCAGAGGUUAUGUGCUUUGGCAAGAAAUCAAGAAAAGUACAGGAUGAACCGGGAGAACAAAAUGAUGAUUUUGUUUCUGGUGCCUCUUGGGACAAAGACAGUGUCAACAAUGAUCAGUGUGAUGAUGGAAGUUACUGUAGUGAUAUUGAUGAUCCAGGAAGUCUUGUUCGUCUGCCAAGACAG